AUGGAUAAGUGGUGCAUUCUGGUGGUUUUGGCUCUUUCUGUAGUUGCAACAAGUGCUAGAAAUGUGCCUGCUGGAAAAAGUGGUUUGAAGGAUGAGAAGAACUUCAUUGGUGGGUUUGGUGGUUUUUCAGGAAUUGGUAACAAUGGUUUUCCUUUUGGAGGUGUAGGUUUUGGCGGUGCUGGUGGUGGCGGACUAGGUGGCGGUGGACUAGGUGGUGGCGGACUAGGUGGCGGUGGAGUCGGUGGACUAGGCGGAAUAGGAGGAGGUGGACUCGGUGGAAUAGGAGGUGGUGGACUAGGUGGCGGUGGACUCGGUGGAAUAGGUGACCUCGGUGGACUCGGCGGUGGUGGCCUCGGUGGUUCUUCCGGACUUGGAGGAUUCGGCGGGUUAGGUGGCGGUGGACUGGGCGGACUAGGUGGUUCUCCUGGACUGGAAGGAUUCAGCGGACUUGGUGGUAGUGGACAAAGUGUACACAGCGGUGGUAAACAUGGAGGUUCUGGUGGUGGUGUCUUGCCUCGUCCUUGA